AUGAUCCCCUGGUCGUUUCUUUUCCUCGUCCUCAUGGGAAUGUGGAUUGCUUGUUAUAAGGCUGCAGAGGAUGUGACUUGGAAAUCGACCUGGCCUGUCGGUCACUUACUCGACUGGGACGACAACCAAGCCCUGAACCUCGAUAGCUUUAUUUACCCCACCUCAACAACAACUCUCCAAGAACCUGAUCAUGCGAAGUUGUCCUAUCAAGUUCAAUCCCUGAACUCGGAAAAAGCACAGAAUCCUUAUCAAUUCAAAGAAACAGGCGAGACCUCCGGAGGUCCAACAAACGGCUUAGAUCGUGUUGUAGAUGCCACUGCCAUGGAUCUUGAACCUUUCACUUUUCGAGUUCGGCCAAGUGAAGCUGUAGGGACUAGGCAGGCGAGCUCAAAUGAUGAUCUACCUGCAAGACUGGGCCAACAGGCCACCAAACCGGAUGCCCUGUUGAGACGACCCGAUUUGAUCCCAGAUAAGGAGGACAAGCUCAGCUUUGGCCAAUUACUGAGACCGGAAAACAUCACCAAGAGGACGUUUGCAGGACUCGCGGAACUGGAUGAAUUCAAGGCGUGGUUUCAAGAUGAAACAAUCAAUCUGGAAGAUGCCAAAAAGUGGUUUGAAAUCAACAUACUGGGAGUAACCGAUGAGCCGGAACGACAUGAGGAGGAAGGCGGAGAGGAGUUGGCCUUGUCGGACCCGGAAUUGUUAAGUCUGAUCCGAGUAGCUACAAAAAAAGACCCGAGGUUGACCGCUAUUAUGGAGACGUUCGACAAGGACCCCCAACAGAAGACCUACAUGGUUGUGGACGACGUUGUGUAUCGCCAAGGACGGGUCGAGGUGCCGGCAGACGACUCCAUCAAGAGAGCCAUCCUAUACGGCAGGCACAACAGCAAACUGGCGGGACACCCUGGAAGAGCUAAAACAUUAGCACUACUGAGGCGUGGAUUUACUUGGCCGUCGCAGAAGCGCUUUGUAAAUCAAUAUGUCAAUGGUUGUGAUUCCUGCCAGCAAACCAAACCGGUAACACAGAGACCGUUUGGGACGCUAGAGCCACUCCCCAUCCCGGCGGGGGCAUGGACUGACAUCUCCUACGACCUUAUCACGGACCUUCCGGUGUCAAACGGAUUUGACAGUGUCUUGACGGUCGUGGAUUGGUUCACCAAGAUGGCGCAUUUUAUUGCGUGUAGCAAGACCACCAACGCUGAAAAACUGGCGGACAUCAUGAUUCAGAACGUCUGGCGGCUUCACGGCACACCCAAGACGAUUACAUCAGAUAGGGGUAGCCUGUUCAUCUUGCAGAUCACACGGGAACUCAGUAAGCGACUGAGCGUCCGUCUGUGCCCCUCGACUGCCUAUCACCCGCGGACAGACGGCCAAUCAGAAAUUGCCAACAAAGCGGUAGAACAAUUUCUACACCACUUUGUAGGAUAUUGCCAGGACAAUUGGGAAUCCCUUCUGGCAUUUGCGGAGUUUGCCCACAACAACAAUGAACACGUGUCUACGGGGAUGUCGCCAUUUAAGGCGAACUAUGGAUUCGACCCAACUUUCGCAGGAAUCCCGUCUGGGGAGCAGUGUCUUCCUUCUGUCAAAAGGCGGCUACAGCAAAUUAAGGAGGUUCAGGGCAAAUUGGCGGCGGCGCUGGAACUGACUCAGGUAUCAAUGAAGAACCAGUUUGACCGAGGAGUACGGCUGACCCCUCAAUGGAAAAUUGGAGAUAUGGUGUGGCUUGAUAGCCGCAACAUUCUAACCACUAGACCUAGUCCAAAGCUAGGUCACCGGUGGCUGGGGCCUUUUCCAAUUAUUGACCAAAUUUUGCCAUCGGUGUAUAAACUGACGCUGCCUCUUUCGAUGAAGGGGAUCCAUCCUUCCUUUCAUGUGUCAGUUCUACGGAAACACUUGGCGGACGCAAUUGGUGGAAGGACGGGGGAACAUCCGGAUCCAAUCAUCGUAGAGGGGGAGAAGGAGUGGGAGGUCAAGGAAGUAUUGGAUUGCUGGCGCAAGGGAAAACAGGUGCAUUAUCUCAUAGCGUGGAAAGGGUAUGGUCCGGAGGACAACUCAUGGGAGCCGGCCGGGAACCUCGUCAACUGCAAACAACUCAUUUCAGAUUUCAACAUAAAAUUUCCGGACGCCGCGUCAAGACACAAGAGAUCAAGAAGGUUUAAAUGA